AUGGCGUCAGCUGGAGAUCCCCCGACGGGCCAGCGGGAUGCAGCAGACCAGAACUUCGACUACAUGUUCAAGCUGCUGCUCAUCGGCAAUAGCAGCGUGGGCAAGACGUCCUUUCUGUUCCGAUACGCCGACGACUCCUUCACGCCUGCCUUUGUCAGCACUGUGGGCAUCGACUUCAAGGUCAAGACCGUCUACCGCCACGACAAGAGGAUCAAGCUGCAGAUCUGGGACACGGCAGGCCAGGAGCGCUACCGUACAAUCACCACAGCCUACUACCGCGGAGCCAUGGGCUUCCUGCUCAUGUAUGACGUCGCCAACCAGGAGUCCUUUGCCGCCGUGCAGGACUGGGCCACGCAGAUCAAGACCUACUCCUGGGACAAUGCUCAAGUCAUCCUCGUGGGGAACAAGUGUGACCUGGAGGACGAGCGUGUUGUGCCCACUGAGGAAGGCCAGAGGCUCGCUGACGACCUUGGUUUCAAGUUCUUUGAGGCCAGCGCCAAGGAGAACAUCAACGUGAAGCAGGUCUUCGAGCACCUGGUGGACGUCAUCUGCGAGAAGAUGAAUGAGUCCCUGGAACCCAGCUCCAGCCCGGGCAGCAAUGGAAAAGGCCCGGCCUUGGGGGACACCCCACUCCCGCAUACCAGCAGCUGCCCCUGCUAG